GUGUCGGAAACUGCGGCCAUAUAUGUUGGUCGCGUUUUGUUGUUGCUGUUGUUCAUAGUUCCAACAGAGGAAAGGGCAAUCGCAGAAGUACACCUUCACGCAUUUAUUGCCAUUGCAUUAUUCCGUUGUUGUUGUUGUUUUUCCUAGCUGUAUUCUGUCUCGAUUUCUCUCUCCCUCCCCCCUCCCCCUGUGUAUUGCGCCUUGCAAUGGACGUUGGCGGCACAAACAGUCCAGUGGACGCGACGGGCGAAGACGACGCCGCUGCAGAGCGGCAAAACUUGUCCAUUCUCAUGAAGCUGCAAGAGCUGUACUGCAAGUCUGUCCUGUAUGAGCAGCUGGAGUGCGUGAUGGGCCACCCGGCCACCCAAGAAGAGAGCGACGGCUACCUGGACGAUGUGGAGGGUCUGGUGGAUUUAUACUGUGGCGAGAAGGCCGCAGUGGCGAAGCAGAUGGACGCAGCGGACGGGAGCGCGGAGGCGACGGCGCAGCGGGAGAGUGCCACGAAAGAGCGCGUGCUCGCCUCUCUGUCUGCCGCCAUCAACGGUGGGGCGGAGGAGGUGGAAGCGGAAAUGAAUGCCGGCGAGCCGGCAGAGGCAGCGAUUUCAGUGACCAGCAUCGAGCAACUCUACGACACGUUGCACGACUGCCUCUCGACCGACACCGUCAUCACUGGCCUCGCCGUCGGCUCCCUUCUCCUCGCCGAAGAUGCGAAGCGCGGGGCGGAGGAGGCCGCCCACCUCGCUCAGCAGCAGCGGCAGCGGCAGGACGGCGUGGACCUGUCCAGCAUGUCCACCUCCACCGCGGAGCGCAGAAACGCCAUGAAAGUGUCGCCAGAGGAGAUGUUCCGACUGGCCCAACACGUCCGCAGCGGCCUGGCGGAUGAAGCAGACCUCCUGAAGCUCAAGUCGGAGGACACCGGCGACGAGGGAGGGGCAGAUGUGGAGCUGAACGAGACGGAGCCGCGGUUUCUGCGCAACUUGGGCUUCUCCUCCACGCUGCACCGUCGCAUCAACUACCGGGCCCUCCUCCCCUCGCAGAUGCUGCAAAACGCAAACUCCCCACAGCACCGGCAGGCCAUCCUGGACCGGCUGGCGCAGAAGCAGCAGGGUGACUCGUCAAAGCUGACGAGUAUGGAGAGGACGGCGCAGAUGCAGGAGAAGAUCAACAUGGAGCGCCGCGUCAUCGCGCGCAAGGCGCAGCGGCAGCAGCAACAGCAGCGGUUUAACGAAGACGAAAAUGAAGCAGCGGCUGCAACCGGAGGUGGAGGCGCACGAAGAAACGCGGCUGCAGCGGAUGGGGAAGAGUUCACCAUGCAUCCCACUCUGCUGCACUCGGAGCUGGAUGCGCCACCGGAGGAGGGCGGCUUUCGCCCACAGGAUCUGCCCAGCAAGCUCCCACCGUGGAUGAAGCACAGCUUUGGCCGCAAGCCGCGCUUUGGCUUGCCGGAGACGACGCAGUCGCUUCAAGAGCAGCGCGCCUCUCUUCCCAUCUACGCCAAGCGCGACGCCCUCAUGAAGUUCGUCGACUCCCACCGCGUGACGGUCUUGGUGGGCGAGACAGGCAGCGGUAAGACAACGCAGAUUCCGCAGUACUUGGUCGAGCACGGCUAUGCAGAUCACGGCAUCGUGGCGUGCACGCAGCCGCGCCGUGUUGCGGCUGAGACGCUCGCCAUGCGCGUAGCCGAGGAGUAUGGCUGCCGCCUCGGCGAGGAGGUUGGCUACACCGUGCGCUUUCGCGACGUUACCUCGUCGCUGACGAAGAUCAAGUACAUGACGGACGGUAUGCUGCUCCGCGAAGCCCUUCUCGACGACAGCUUUCAGCGCUACAGCGUCAUCAUUCUCGACGAGGCGCACGAGCGCUCCAUUAACACGGAUCUGCUCUUCGCCAUUGUUCGCCAGGCCUUGCGCAAGCACGAAGGUCUCAAGGUGAUGAUCACGUCCGCCACGCUGGACACGAACAAGUUUUGUGCCUACUUUGGCGCGGAGGAGCCGUUUCGAAUUGAGGGACGCACCUUCCCGGUGGAGACCUACUACCUCACCGACCCCGCGAACGACUAUGUCCGUGCGGCGCUGCAGACGGUGAUGAUGAUCCACCUGCAGGAGCCACCCGGCGAUGUCCUCGUCUUCUUGACCGGACAGGAAGAAAUCGAGCUGGGUGGCGAGCAGCUCUUCCGCUGGAUGGAGAUGCUGCGUCAGCAGGUGACCACCCCGUUGCCGGACUUAAUGGUGCUGCCGCUGACCGCCACGAUGCCGCAGGAGGUGCAGUCGAAGGUGUUUGAGGCGACGCCGCCUGGAUGCCGCAAGGUCGUGCUCGCCACCAACGUCGCCGAGACGUCCAUCACCAUUACGAACCUCUACUACGUGGUGGACAGCGGCUACUGCAAGCAAAACAUCUUCGAUGCGAAGCACGGGAUUGAUCAGCUCAAGGUGGUGCCGGUAUCGCAGGCACAGGCGAAGCAGCGCUCGGGUCGUGCGGGGCGUAUCGGCCCUGGCAAGUGCUAUCGCAUGUACACAGAGCAGCAAUUCACGGAGGAGAUGGUGCCAGAGACGAUUCCGGACAUUAUGCGCACAAGCCUCUUCCAUGUCACCCUGCAGCUAAAGGCGAUGGGGCUCGACUUGCUGAACUUGGAGCUCAUGGACUGUCCGCCGAAGGAAGUCAUCGUGUCCGCGCUGGAGAAGCUGCGCUACCUCGAGGCCCUCGACGACGAAGGGCUCCUCACCCCGCUGGGCAGUCGCAUGGCCCAGCUGUCCAUUGACCCCUCUCAGAGCAAGACGCUGCUCACCGCCGUCGACCUCGGCUGCAGUGAGCCGGUGCUCACCAUUGUGUCGAUGCUCGCGGUGCAGAAGCGCGGUGUCUUCUACCGCCCACGAGAUCAGCAAGAGGCCGCCGAUGCGGCACGCCGUCAGUUCAUGCAGCCGGAAGGCGACCAGCUCACGCUGAUGGCGGUGUACGACGCGUGGGUCGAGGCCGGCAUGUCAGAGGAGUGGAGCAAGCGCAAUUUUCUGAAGCACCGCAUGCUCGUGGAAGCCCGCGACACACGCGAUCAGCUCAAGGACAUGCUGGCCCGCCGCAAUCAGCACAUCUCGCACGAGAACGACACCAACUUAGACCAAGUCCGCAAGUCCAUCACCGCCGGGUACUUCUUCCACGCCGCACGCCGCGUCGACUCGCACACGCGCUCGUACGUCACCUUGUCUGACCGGCGAGAGGUCUACGUGCACCCGUCUUCGGUGCUCAUCGACGAUCCGCCCAAGUAUGUGCUGUACGACGACCUGCGCAUGACGAAACGGGAGUACAUGACGGAGCUGCUGGCGAUUGAGCCGAAGUGGCUGGUAGAGCUGGCACCCGCCUUUUACGCAAAGCCGAAGGAGGGGCGGCUCACGAAGGAGCAGGCGGCGGAGCGUUUCACACCCAUCUUGAAGUCGUGGGAAACCGGCAGCUCAUGGCGCAUAUCGCGUUUGAAGAAGCAACGCCGCUAA